ACACACACACACACACACACACACACACACGCCCCAUCCACCGCCCGCUCUGAACAGGACCCCAGCGUUGGGGACGGGGCCAAGUCAGCCAGCUGUGGGCCCUGCCAACCCUCCCUCUCUUCUAGGACUGGGUUUUUCCAGCCGGAGUCUCACUCCCUCUACAGCAAUCUCGGGAAAUUGGAGACGACGCGGCUGCUCCUGAACAUUAUUUAUUUCUCUCCUCUUUCCCUCCCGCGGGGACCCUCCUGUUGGAAGGAGAGCUGCAGCACAGGACGGAGACAGGCAGGAAGAAGCAGAGAGGACUCAGUGACGCCCCUCUAAGCAGCCCCCGGCCCACUCCUCCAGCAGGGGCCAUGAGCACCAAGCAGGAAGCCAGGAGAGAUGAGGGAGAAGCCAGGAGAGAUGAGGGAGAAGCCAGGACGAGGGGGCAGGAGGCACAGCUUCGAGACCGAGCCCACCUGAGCCAGCAGCGCCGGCUCAAACAGGCCACCCAGUUCCUGCACAAGGACUCGGCCGACCUGCUCCCGCUGGACAGCCUCAAGAGGCUCGGCACCUCCAAGGAUUUGCAGCCGCACAGUGUGAUCCAAAGACGCCUGGUAGAGGGAAACCCGAAUUGGCUUCAGGGGGAGUCUCCCCGGGUGCAGGCCCUGAUUCAUGGCCAGGAGAGCAGGAGGAGGACCAGCAGGACAGAGAUUCCAGCUCUUCUGGUCAACUGCAAGUGCCAGGACCUGCUGCUUAGAGUGGCCGUGGACACAGGCACCCAAUACAAUCGGAUCUCUGCUGGAUGUCUCAGCCGCCUGGGGUUAGAGAAGAAGGUCCUAAAAGCCUCAGCUGGGGACCUGGCCCCUGGGCCCCCAACCCAGGUGGAGCAGUUGGAGCUACAGCUGGGGCAGGAGACCGUGGUGUGCUCGGCACAGGUGGUGGAUGUCGAGAGUCCUGAAUUCUGCCUGGGCCUGCAGACUCUGCUUUCUCUCAAGGUAAGGCACCCACACUCAGGGCCUGAUCCAAAGCACCAGGAAAAAGUAGUAGAAGGCACAGGUGUAGAAGCUUGGACCAGGUUCUGAUGAGAGUGACUUAGAGACUGGCAAUUGUCCCUUUGCUUCCUUAGAGGUUCCUUACUCACCACCCAGUGAAAAGUCAAGAGAACUGGGUCACCCCCUCCAACAGGAGUCAAGGGAAAUGGGGAUAAGCGGGAGAGCAAAAGGCAGGUGGAAGCUGUGGGAAGUGGGAGGCAGGUGACGGGCUGAGGUGAGCCGGCAUGACUGCUCUACACCCCACAGUGCUGCAUCGACCUGGAGCGCGGAGUGCUGCGGCUGAAAGCCCCGUUCUCAGAGCUGCCCUUCCUGCCUCUGUACCAAGAACCUGGCCAGUGACUGCUGUCUCAGUCAGUCCCCAGAGGGAAAGACCUUGCCUUAGCAGAAGAGGCGUGUGGGGAACGGGUGCUCUUGAAGCCAGGUAGCUGGGGACUCCGGUGUCUGCCCUUUCAAUCACCACCCUGAGCCCUGCUGUCCCAUUUCCCCCAGCCGGCCACAUUCCUCUCUGCUUCUCAGCAGCUGUCCUACUCCCCAGGGGGAGUUUUCACUAGAGCGCCCACGACGCCAGGUUUCUCAUUCAUUUCCCUCCAAGAAGAGCAAAGCCAAACCAGGACCACAGAUGGGAGGCUAAGCAAAAUGGGGUGCCUGCCUGGGCUGGGUCGAAGGCUCUGCUGACUGCUGUCCUUGCCCAGCACCCAAUUCCACCCCAAACGCAACUCAACUUCCCACACCACCAUGUCUCUCACCACACCUUCUGGGGCUCAGUAUCUCCCACAAUUACACUGCCACGCCUCACCAACCUGGGUCCCUGGACCUCCUGGUGUCUGCCUCUUGGAUUCUGUGCACAUCUGCACAGAUGUGGGGGAAGAAACAUGAGACAGAAUUCAAUACAACAAAGAGAUGGAGUUAGUAUAGGAAUGUCCAUCUCAUAAGGCUGAGAGCUUUCAUUAGUUAUUUUUCUGGGGCUGCAAAUGUCUGAAGCCAGUUAUUGUUUGAUUACCCUGUGCAAAACCUUGGACAUACUUCUGCUAUUAACGCUAGGUAUUUAUCCUUCUCUACUUGCUUUUUGUACCCACUGAGCCCCUGAACUUUGGGUGUGUGUGUGGCAGAGCCUUGUAGAGAACUGCUCCUACGAGGCAGACAGGACAGUGAGGCUGUCACCACUCAGACUGAACCUAUUUAGUAUUCUUUCUGAUUUCUGGAACUACCCACCUCAUUAGGCCUUCUUCCCAUCCCCGUCUCUGGUCUCUUGAGCUUAAGCUCGCCUUGUCCUGGAAUCAGUGGCUUUCUAACCCCCCGCCAGGCUUUGCCAAAGCAAAAAGACAGAGGCUUUUUCUUUUUUUUUUGAAGUUUGGGGUCUGUCAGGAGAGAGAGGCUUUUCUGAAUUCACUGUGAAGAGAAGAACCCGAAGCUUCAGACGCCAGACCCCUGAGAGUCUUUCUGGCUGGUGUGAGUCUCUCAAAUCAUGGAUUAGGAGUAAAGAAAGAGGCCGGGCGCAAUGACUCAUGCCUGUAAUCCCAGCGCUUUGGGAGGCUGAGGCGGGCGGAUGACUUAA